AUGGAAGGAGGAAAUCUGCUGUGCUGGAAUGUUAGACGCCUAAAUAAAAGGAAUAAGCAGAAAUCUCUCUAUGAUUUUUGCAGAUUCAAUAAAAUUGGGUUAGGGGCGUUUCUUGAGUCGAAACUUAGGGGUUCUAAGAUUGAGGAAAUGAUGACAUCAGUUUUCAGGGGUUGGGAGUUUUAUUCAGUUCCGGUUGUAGAAGGACGAAUUUUGUUGGUUUGGAAAAGUGAUAUAGUUAAAGUGACAGUUCUUGGGGCCGAGGACCAGUUCAUUCAUUGUUGUGUGAAGAUCAUGGGGAUUACUAAGGAGUUCUGCUUGACAGUGAUAUAUGGCAGAAACACGAUUGAGGAGAGAGUUGGAGGUAGGCCUAUAACGGAUCUGGAAAUGGAAGAUGCUCGUAAUUGGAGGGCUAGUUGUUUGAUGAUUGAAAUUUGUAGGAUUGGUGCUCAUUAUACUUGGUCUAACAAGCAGAUGGAAGGGUCCCGUAUCUUCUCUAAAUUGGAUAGGGCUCUUAGUAAUGAAGCUUGGGUUGGUGCUUUCCCAAACUUAGAGGCUCGGUUUAAUUGGGAUGUUAUUUUGGACCAUUGUUAUUGCAUUAUCAAGACAGUUAUUAGUCAGUUUUCAAGGAAACUGAACAGAUUGAAGGUAGUUUUGGCUAAAUUUAAUAAUCGGCAAAUUGGUGAUGUCACAGUUUGCUACUUAGCUACCAAGGAAAAGUUUCAACAUGCUCAAUUUAUGCUUCAGCAGGAACCUCACUCUACAGGAUGUCAGCAAGUUGAACAUGAAGCGUGUUUAGAAUUUUCUCGUCUAUCCAAAAUGUAUGAGAGUUUUCUUAGGCAAAGGAGCAAGAUCACUUGGUUGAGAUUUGGAGAUGACAAUACGUCCUACUUUCAUGCUAGUCUAAAGCAGCGGUCAGCUUGUAAUAGGAUUACAACUUACUUGGAUGAGCAUGGUAAGAUUGUUGACUGUUAUGAUGAUGUGGUUAAUCAUUUUAUCAAUAAUUUUAAGGGGUUUAUGGGUAGUCCUCGUUCAGCUAUUUCUAGGAUUCAGCAAGAUUGUUUUAAGUUUGGCUCUAUUCUGAAUUUAGACCAACAACUCAGUUUAGUUAAGCCUUUUUCUAAGAGGGAUGUUAAAAUGGCCAUGUUUAGUAUUCACUCUAUAAAAAGUCCUGGUCCUGAUGGGUUUGGUUCGGGUUUUUUCAAAUACAUGUGGAGAGAUUUGGGGGAUGAGAUUUCUACUGCUAUUUUGAAUUUUUUUGAAACUGGCCGAUUACCAACAACUCUUAACAGAUCAAUUAUUACCCCAAUUCCUAAAACUGAUAAUCCUUGUACAGCAACAGAUUAUAGAUCGAUAGCUUGUUGUAACACAUUAUACAAAUGUAUUUCAAAGAUGCUUUGUAUGAGAUUGGCCACUGUUCUCCCUUUACUUACUCAUCAAAACCAGGGAGCUUUUAUUAAAAAUAGAUCAUUGGCACACAACAUCUUCAUUCUCCAAGAUCUCCUCAAAGGCUAUUCCAGGAAUAAUAUUUCAACUAGAUGUUUCCCUAGUCGAUUUAUCCAAUGGAUCAUGGUUUGUUUGAAAGGGGCUUCUUAUUCUUUAUUACUGAAUGGAAAAUUACAUGGGGGAUUCAGUGGAAUGAAAGGUAUGCGUCAAGGAGACCCCAUUUCUCCUCUUCUAUUUGUAUUGAGUAUGGAGUAUCUUACUAGAUUGCUUGUUCAGGCUGCUCAACACAAAGACUUCAGAUUUCACCCGCUCUGCAAAAAGAUGAAUCUUGUCAACCUUUGCUUUGCAGACGAUCUCAUUCUUUUUUGCAAGGGUUCCUUUAGGUCAGUUCAAAUUCUUCAUGCUGGUUUUAGCAAAUUCAGUCAGGAUUCUGGUCUCACUGUGAACUUAUCUAAGUCUCACAUUUAUUUUGGUGGUGUUCAUUCGGAUGAAAAGAGGAGAAUCAUGGAGUGCUUAAAGAUUGAGGAGGGUUCUUUCCCUCUAAAAUAUCUGGGUAUGUUUCUUAGACCUACUAAAUGGAAGGUUGAGGAUGGUGGUUUAAUUCUUCAAAAAAUUCAAAGUCGAUUACAUACAUGGUCUAGUAGGCAUCUGUCUUUUGCUGGAAGAUCUCGGCUUAUUCAAUCAGAAUUUCCUUUGGGAGCAAAGGGCAACCGGAGUAAGGUGCAUUUGUCUUCCUGGGAGCAGGUGUGUUUACCUAAGAGCUUGGGGGGUAUUGGUUUUAAAGAAGGGUCUAAAUGGAAUGCAAUAUUGAUGGCCAAAUACAUAUGGGCAAUUUCAACUAUGCAGGACUCUUUAUGGGUCAAAUGGGUGGCAGCUAUCUAUCACAAAGGGAAAAAUUUAUGGGCUUACAGCCUUAAAUCUGAUGUGAGCUGGUAUUGGAGGAAGAUUAUUAAGCUGAGAGAUGCUUUCUCUUAUGAUUCUUUGUUGGCUUCGGUUAACAAAGGCAAAUUAAACCCUUCUUGCUUAUAUAAUCAGUUGGUUCAAAAGGAUAAGGUUCAUUAUGCUAAAGUGGUCUGGUGCAAGCUGUCAAUUCCAAAACACAGAUUUAUUAUAUGGCAAGCGGUUUUAGGCCAUCUUCUUACAAGGGAUAACUUGAUUAAAUUCCAUGUGCAGGUUGUGUCUAGUUUAUGCCCGGUUUGUGAUAUGGAAGUUGAGUCUCAUGCCCAUCUUUUCUUUGAUUGUGCCUUCUCCCAAAAGGUGCUGCAUCAGAUUCAUUCAUGGCUGGGUCAAGUGAUUUGGCCUUCUCAAUAUUCACGCUGGCUGAGUUGGAUGGAAGGGAGACCUAGGGGGCUUCACCAAAGGAUUGUUGUUGCUGUCCUAGCAACUGCUGUUUAUUAUAUUUGGAUUAACAGAAAUUGUUGUGUUUUUUCUUCUUAUUCUUUUUCUGUUUUGAAAGUGGACUCUCUAAUUCUUAUGGGUCUUAAAGCCAGGUUGUUUGGGUUAGUUAGAUCAAAGCUGAAAGCUGAUGAGUUGAGAUUGGUUGAUUAUAUUCAACAUUUGUAA